AACGCCAGUGCGAGACCACGUGAGAAAGAGGAACGUAUUAGUGUCUAUUAGUUAUUAGAGAAAUAAAGGUUGUGGGGAUUAUAAAUCAAACGGAUUUACGCGGUGUAGUCUUUGAGGGUCGAAAAGAGCUUGUGUUAUUGUCAGGAAAGCGCAGAGCAAACUGUACUGAGUGUGUUUUGCAGUACCGGAGUUGAUGUUUUGAUCUCCAGUGUUCCAGUGAAGUGUGCAUUGAGUGAACUGGUCAUGUAUGUUUGUGGAAGAUGUGUGAUGUAUCUGCAGUCGAGGCUCUUGUGUGUAAAAGCACAACAUGUUCACAUCAUUAAACUCUGGCAUCUUCCUGAAAGCACGACUCGCAUCCACACAGCCCUGCUUCAUCACCAGAGCACCCAGAAGGACAGAUGGAGAUCACAGACGUGGACUCGGUUCUUUAGUGAUCACAGAAGCAGAAUUACAGAGCAGGAAAUUCCUGACCACGCUGUAGAGCCAGUCAUGAACUCUGAACUUCAACAAGUUUCCAGUGCAUCAGGACCAGUUCCUGCAGAUCACACCUCCAUCGAUUUAGAUGCACUGUCCUGUCCAUCUCCAUUUGAAGAAAUUAGUGAUGAAGAUGCCAUACAGAUCUUUGUGCCCCCAAACCUUUCACCCACCACCUUCACACUCCGAGAUUAUGUAGACAAAUCAGAGACCCUAACAAAUCUGCUACACUUGGGGGUUAAUCUGUCCAAGCUAGAGGAACGUCCUAAUGUGGGCUCUAUGCUGGUGAGGCUGGAUUUUGAAAAAGAUGUGGUACCACGGCUCCUUUUCCUGAAAGAUCUGGGGGUUCAGGACUUUCAGCUGGGUCCGAUACUCACUAAGAACCCCUUUCUGCUCACUGAGAGUUUGGAAAAUCUGCAGGCCAGGGUUUCAUAUUUGAAAUCGAAAAAAUUCACUUCAGAGUCUGUUGCUGCGAUGGUGAGCAAAGCCCCAUAUUUACUGAACUUCAGUGUGAAGAGGUUAGACAAUCGGCUGGGAUUUUUCCAGCAGCAGCUAGGCCUCAGUGCUCACAAGACCCGGGAUGUUGUGACUCGUCUGCCUAGGUUACUGUGUGGCAGUUUAGAGCCAGUAAAGGAAAACCUGAAGGUUUGCGAACUAGAGUUUGGUUUUCAGAGAAAUGAAAUCCAGCACAUAGCCACUGCUGUUCCAAAAGUGUUAACAGCUAAUAAAAAGAAACUAACACAAAUAUUUGACUUUGUCCACAACACCAUGGGUGUUCCUCACUUUCUCAUUACAAAGUUUCCACAGGUCCUGAAUGCAAAAUUCCUUCGAAUAAGAGAACGACACCUUUUUCUUGAGUACUUGGGUCGUGCUCAUUAUGAACCGAAUCAUCCCAGUUACAUCUCUCUGGAGCGCCUGGUAGCUCUGCCUGAUGAGACCUUCUGCUCUGAAGUGGCUUUAACCUCUCUGGAUGAUUUUGAACGAUUUCAGAAAACUGUGUAGUAGUAAAAGUUGCAUUGGGUCUA